GUCCAACAUCGUCCUCUUCUCGGGCCUUCCUAGUCAACCAAACAGGCAAAGAUGGGUCGCCGUCCCGCCCGCUGCUACAGGCAGUCGAAGGGUAAGCCCUACCCUAAGUCCCGCUUCUGCCGUGGUGUGCCCGACCCCAAGAUUCGCAUCUACGAUGCGGGCAUGAAGAGGGCGGAUGUGGACACCUUCCCGUGCUGCGUGCACCUGGCCAGUUGGGAGAAGGAGAACGUGACCAGCGAGGCUCUGGAGGCUGCCCGUGUGGCCGCCAACAAGUACAUGGUCAAGAACGCCGGCAAGGAAGCCUUCCACCUGCGUGUGCGCGUGCACCCCUUCCACGUGCUGCGCAUUAACAAGAUGCUUUCGUGCGCUGGAGCCGAUAGGCUCCAGACCGGUAUGCGUGGUGCCUUCGGCAAGCCCACCGGCACCUGCGCGCGUGUGCAGAUCGGCCAGGUGCUGAUGAGCAUCCGCUGCCGUGACCAGCACGGCGCCGUGGCCGAGGAGGCCCUGCGCCGCGCUAAGUUCAAGUUCCCUGGCCGGCAGAAGAUCAUCAAGUCCAACAACUGGGGCUUCACCAACCUGACCCGCAAGGACUACAAGCUCUACCGCGAGGAGGGCCGCCUGGUCAACGACGGCUCCCACGUGAAGCUGAUCAACCACAAGGGCCCCCUGUCGGAGCGCGAGGCCUCCAACAUCUUCGACUACCCCGCCCGCACCCACCACAUCCCCAUGCACAAGAGCGACGACGAGUAAAGCACUGGACUUGUUCUGGUGACCGUGCACGUCUCGCAGCAAGCGGCUAUGGCGUAAUGCGCAGUGUACGGCUGGGCUGAGAGGCUUGGCUUGUGAAGCUACCGGACCAGGAAAGCACAGCGAGGUGUUGCUUUGGGGUAACGGGGUUUUUCUGCGCAUGUGCGGCUGUAGUCGCGUUGUGUGGGAGUACACGGUGUUGACGCGGCAUGGGGUUGGUCCCGUGCAAGUCUUGUGUCGCGUUGACGUGAAGGUGCGAUGAUGCUGUUGGCUGCGGCCGUGGGUGCUCUGCCGUUGGGUGUGCUACCGACUACCGCA